AUGACGAUCAAGGCUACCAAACUGCACUGCUACAUCUGCUUCGAGACCAUCGUCCAGCAGCUCUCCCAGCAGAAGAGCAGAGAGAUAUGGGAAGCGGAAUCGGACUCUUGUCCGCUCUUUGUCACCUGGGACAUCAGCACACGUCGCUGGGGCUCCUCUCAGUAUCAGCUCCGAGGCUGCAUCGGCACUUUUGCCUCCAAGCCGCUGAACCAGAGCCUGAGAGAGUAUGCCACCACGAGUGCAUUCAGGGACAGCCGCUUUGAGCCCAUCACCCUCAAGGAGGUUCCCUUGCUCAAGUGCAGUGUCAAUUUGCUAACCUGCUUCGAAGGAGCUGACAACUAUUUGGACUGGGAGAUUGGCACCCAUGGUAUCCAAAUCGCCUUUGCAGACCAAAAGACUCGACGACAUGGCACAUAUCUUCCGAAAGUUGCGGUCGAGCAAGGCUGGACCAAGCGCGAAGCUAUCGAGUCGCUCAUCCGAAAAGCCGGUUAUCGCGGCAGCAUCACGGAGGAGCUCCUCGGGUCUCUCGAGGUGACUCGAUAUCAGUCCUCUGAAAUCGGAGCCACCUACAGCGAAUACCAGUCCUUUCUUGAAGGCCAAGCAAGCGAGUAG